AUGCCUGGUCGAACCAAGAAAGACGAGCCAGCCGCUCAAGAUACAAACAUGGAGGACGCCCCGCCCUCAGCACAGCCAGAGGCAGAAGAAGUAGAUAACGAGGACCAGGAGGAAGCUCCAGAGGAAGAGGAGAUUGAGCCCCAGCGAGUCAGAAUUCUCCCGGGAUCUACAGACACUGCUGCCUCAUUUGAGUUUGUCGAUGAGGGACACACAGUCGGCAAUGCGCUGAGAUACAUCAUCAUGAAGAACCCCGAUGUCGAGUUUUGCGCAUACUCUAUCCCUCACCCUUCUGAGCCCAAGAUGAACCUGCGAAUACAGACCUACGACGGCCUUGCCGUGGAUGCAUUGAAGAAGGGCCUGGCUGACUUACAGGACAUCUGCGACGUUGUCACUGAUGAGUUCACCACCAAGAAAGAUCAGUUCAAUGCAGAGCAUGGGAUUGUUCGGUAA